AUGGCUAGCACUGUAGCUGGAUCUACCAAAAACGUGAACCCCUCUGAAGGCGAAAAAGGGCCUGCACAAGCAACAGGAUUGCCCACACCAAAUGCAACCCCAGGUCCUGACGUCUCUAGAAAUGAUGCGGAAAAGGUCCGGAAAGGAGCGGACAUAGAAGCUGAAAUACAACGUAUAUUACAAAGUGAAACCGACCUAAGCACCCUCGGGCUUGACGAGGCUUCGUCCACUGAAGAUCGCUUGCUCGCCUUGAGGACGAUUGGAUGCAAGAUCCAUUACGAACAUAGUGGACACAAGCCAAAGAAAGAGGCCAACAAAGCCCUACAGAAGCUUUGCGAUGCAGCGACCAGACUUGGCGUUGAGCCUGCCUAUGCCACAGCAGUCUUUCACUGGGAUGGCCAAAAGGACCUCAUGGCGGAAGACUCGGAAGACUCAGACUCAAGUGACUCAGACGAUGCGAUGGAACAAGACUCCGUCCCUGUGCCUCCAGAGUCAGUCGACGAAAUUUACCAAAAAGCAACACCAUUUGUGCAGAAAUUGGCCAGCGAUACUAAUGACAAAGACGCCCAUAACGGCAUAGCGGCCCUUAAUACGGAGAUUAUAAAGGCUACCAAAGAGUACAAUGAGUUACACAAGAAUAAUAAGGCGAAGAGGGUUUCUAAAACCCAGUGGGAAAUUCCCUUACGAUUCUUCCAGGAGCAUUAUUCGCUGGUGGUAGCAAAUUACAAUAUCCUUGCGACGGACCCGAAUAAUGACGAAGCCAGACAGAAAGUGGAAAUGGGGAAGAAGCUGAUAUCCGAUGCGGUCUUGCGAAAUCACUGGCCUGCGGAUUGGGCUUUGAAUCUAAUUUUGCCGGAACAAAAUCGAUCUCCCUCAACGCCGUUUAAAUAUCCAUGGCCCACUCUUCAGACCGAUGACGGGCUGAUUAUAGGAGUGAGGAAGCGGGCGGUUGGUGGACAUCAAGUUUGUGUUGAGACUACUACACCAGACGGUCGCACUGUACGGAGGCCUUCAAAGCGCCUACGGUUGAAAAAGUUGGGGAAUUUCAAAGCCAGUAUCAAGCAAACCGACCAUUUUUUAUUCCAAGACCUCAAGAUGACGAUUCCAGGGGAAAUCCAGACACGGAGUUUUACCGCCGAAUGUACAGAACACUUCACCCGCAGUUCUCAAGGAGCACCAGCUCAUCGGUAUCGAACAGCAAGAAGAUUCAACAAAUAA